AAUGGUCUUGCCAAUUUUGCAAAUGCCAUCUUCGCCCGCUUUCAAAACCAACAUGAUAUUACUGAUCUGGACAUCGCUGUGAAUUGCCUGCAGGCGGCUCGGGAUCAUCCCAACCAAUCAGAGGGACGGCACAUUUUGAUUUCCCUUGCCACUGUACUUUCUGCUCGUUACAAUGAACACGAAGACAUCAAUGAUUUGCAAGAAAGUAUCAAGGUGUUUGAAACAGCGCUUCCCAUGUUUGCCUCCAAUCACCCCCAUGCCAUUCACCUCCACCAAAACCUUGCUCGCUCUUUGCAGAUGAUGUAUAUAAAACAACAGACGAUCGAAGAUUUGAAUGCUGCGAUUGCCCAUUUUGAGACAUGUUUGACGAUUUCGCCAGAAGGUCACCCCGACCUGCCGCUUGCGCUGAUUUUCCUAGCAAGCUGUAGGCAUAUGCGGGCAAAAGCGGGCAAAGAUGAUGACGGCUUUCGGAAUGCUCUCUUACUUCUUUCCAAGGCCAGUGAGAAGAUGCCUGAAGCGCACCCAUGGUUUUUCUCCAUUUACCAUCUGUACACGACCAUUUUCGAAGAUUACUACAGCCUAACCAAGGACGCUUCGUUUCUGGAGAAGGCAUUUCAGUAUCACCAGCUGGCCUGUAGCGCUCCUGGAAUCCACACAUGGGAUCAACUUACUGCAGCUUUGUGUUGGAGAACGGACGCCAACAAAUUUCACCAUACCUCGGCUCUGGAAGCAUACAAAACUUCUCUAAAGUUGCUUGAUCGCCAUGUUAUAGCCACUCCUACGGUUUUUGGGCGUUGUAAAGCUUUGCUCGAAGGUAUAUUGCGUGAUACGCCCUCACUCGCUGCAGAUGCUACCGCCUGUGCGAUCAGCGCAGGCAAUCUCGAGCUAGCAGUCGAACUCUCAGAACAAGGCAGAGGCCUUCUUUGGUCCCAGAUGUCUCGCUUUCGAGUAACCAUUAAUGAUUUGCGAGUCGUUGAUGACGAAGGGCGUCGACUUGUAGAUGAAUUCGAGUUGCUCAGUACUGAGCUUGGGAGAAGGCAGUCUGACUCCCCAGCUAUCAGGCCUGCCACUGCAACACUCAGACGAACACAGCAGGAGGAAGAGGCACGUCAGUAUCGUCAGACUUCUUCGCAAUGGGACGCUGUAGUGAGCAAAAUACGGCAAAAACAAGGAUUUGCGUAUUUUUUGACCCCGAUGCCCUUCAAAGAGCUAAGGGCGGCUGCGGUUGCCGGCCCCAUCGUCAUCAUCAAUGCAAGCAUAAAGCGAUGCGAUGCGAUCAUCAUUACCAAAGACGGGCCUCCUCGACUCAUUCCACUCCCUGAUGCUUCGCUAGGGGGCAUUGCUGCCCUGUCUGGUGACUUCCGCAAUGUCCUGCGGAAUACUGCAGGAGUUGGAGAAGAGAAAAUGAGAGAAAAGCAACUUAUACCUGUCUUUCGCAGGCUUUGGGAUGCUGUGUUGGCUCCUGUUGUUGAGGUACUUUUGACCAUCGUGUCGAAAGGGUCUCGUGUUUGGUGGUGCCCAACUUCGAAACUCACUUCGCUGCCCAUUCAUGCUGCCGGACCAUACCGCAAGGGAGCCAGCAACAUGCCUAACAUUUACAUUUCGUCAUAUACACCAACUCUUUCUGCUUUGAUACGCUCAAGGCGGCAGAAUGCAUCUAAGGUAGCGUCGAAUACUCCGUCCUUCGUUUCCAUAGGUCAAUCAAAACCGAAUUCCGGGAGUAGAGAAAAGGAGUUAAAGGCCGUAGGAGCAGAGCUGGAGCUUGUCAAAUCCCUUGUACCAGCAUCGAUGACAUGCUCAGAGGUCUCCGGGGAUGAAGGAACCGUCAGCGGGGCAAUUCAAGCCUUGAAAACUAAUUCAUGGGUCCACCUCGCAUGCCACGGCAAGCAAGAUUUUCUUCAGCCAUUCGAUUCGUCCUUUGCUCUCCGCGACAAGCCAUUGCGGCUUUCAGACAUCAUACAAGCCGAACCAGAAAACCCGGAGUUUGCUUUCCUGUCUGCUUGUCAUACCGCGGUUGGAGACAAGAAAGCACCUGAUGAGGUCAUCCAUCUCGCUGCAGGGAUGCAAUUUUCUGGUUUCAGAGGUGUCAUCGGUACAAUGUGGGCGGUGGAUGACAAUACUGCUCGCCAUAUGGUGAAAGAAUUCUAUGAGGCAAUGUUUAGCGGUAAAGUCGAUUGCACGAACGCAGCUAGGGCUCUGAAUAAGGCUUCCAAAGCCGUUGACAAGGAUAAAGUACCGAUGGACCAGAGAGUCGUAUUCAUUCACAUUGGAGCAUAGCCUUCAACCGUGCAGUAGCAUUAGCACUUCUGUAUCUUAUAUAUUUUUGUGGUUCUGGCACAUACGGAUUCGUAGUGAUCGAGAGAACCGAUGAGUCCUUGACAUGGUGUCAUGG